GGUGCGAAAGAACGAAUAUUCAAAAACACCGUGUGCGGCGCAAAACCCGAGAGAGGAAUAUUCAGUUCACUGAUUCUGUGUUACUGCCAUCCACGCUUUCAAUUGAAGGAGGCCCAUCCUCGUAGUUAGGCCGAAGAAGAGGCCCACGGGCUGAGAGAUUCCCUCAAGAGUCCAGGUAUCGUCUCCCCCAUCUCCUUUUUUUUUUUUUUUUCUACGGGCGAAACUCGGAAAAGAUACGCGAUGACCACCAAAUCUCUCACCUCCAUGGCCGCCGCCGCCGAAGCGGCGUCGCCCUCCUCCUCCCUUCUCCGGCGCCUCGUCGCGGUCGACACCGCCCUCUCCCUCCGCGUCCACUCCCUCUUCCUCCCCGUCCCCCGCUCCCUCCUCAAAGCCCUAGAGGUCUCCGGCGACGGCCGCUUCUGGUUCCCGGUCGUGCUCGCCCUCCUCCCCCUCUCCUCCUCCGUCGCCUUCUCCCUCCUCCUCGGCCUCCUCCUCGGCUCCCUCCUCGACCUCCUCCUCGUCGGCCUCCUCAAGCACCUCGUUCGCCGCCCCCGCCCCGUCUACAACAAGGGCAUGUCCCUCGCCUUCGCCCUCGACCACUGGUCCUUCCCCAGCGGCCACUCCUCCCGCGUCUUCUUCAUCGCCUCCUUCCUCCACCUCUCCUCCGCCUCCCUCCGCCGCUGGAUCCGCGGCGGCGGCGGCGCCGGCGAUGGGGCGGAGCUUGUGGUGCGGCUAGUUUUCCUGUGGUCGGCGGCCACGUCGGCGUCGCGGGUCCUCCUAGGGAGGCACUUCGUCUUCGACGUCCUCGCCGGAGCGUGCCUCGGCGUCGUAGAGGCUCUCAUCACCUUCCGUUCCAUGAGGCUUUUGCAGGUACUACAUAUGGAAAGUGAGACCUAUGAAUGUAACAUUGUACUUGACCUGAUACUUGGAAUGAAGUUUUAUUUUUCUCAUUGUCGGUUACAUGAAGAACUAUGUAGGAGAAUUUUCGGCGUUGUUCUCUAGUUCCCUUUGCAGGUUUCGAGGGCGAAAGAAA